UGGGCAGUCUGGCGGACCGCUGCGAGGCGCUCAGGGAUGAGUCUGGCUGCAGCGACCCAACGCCGCAGGCAGAGGCCUGGAGGCCACUCGGAGGACUCCACAACCGCUCCCGGGAACCGUGCAGGUAUGUGCACUCAAGUGCAGCCACCCAAAAGGGGUACCCUGCAGGUCCUUCGUGGUGAUGGCACUUCUGUGGGGACUGUAAUCAUAUUCCACUGCCCCUCAGGACACCAGAUGGUCGGGUCCGGCCUCCUCACCUGUGCCUGGAAGGGGAGCAUCGCUGAGUGGUCUUCAGGGAUCCCUCUGUGCAAGUCUCUGACAGCUCAUGAGACCUUCGGCUUCAGGGUGGCUGUUAUCGCCUCUAUUAUCAGCUGCGCCAUCAUCCUGCUCAUGUCCAUGGUCUUCCUCACCUGUUGCCUCCUGAAGUGUGUGAAGAGAACUAAGCAGCAGCACCUUGACAGAACUGCCCAGCUGUGGCUCCAGCUGAGAGAUGAAGAUUUGGAGAUGGUACAGGCCACCUACCUGAGCCUCAAGCACUUGAAUAACAACAACAGUGGCCACUUUGAGUCUAGGAGCUGGCAUGGCCAAGGGCAUGACAACCACAGCUUUACCACAGACCUUGGUGAGAGUACCAGAGAGCUGGCUGGUGCAGCCUGCAGCAUAGACAAGGACCACUGGACCCCCAGCAACCUUGCCUGCUCACCGUGGGCCCAGGUGAUGGUGCACACACUGAACCCAAGGAAGACCCUGCCUGACAGGCCCACUGCUGAAAUGCCCAAACAGGCCAUGGCCUAUGUCCCAGGAUGACCAAGGCCCAAGCCAGAGAUGCCCUCCACACUGAGAGGACCAAGCCCACCCUUCAGCGGGCUGCCUAUACCUCGACAUGUGUCCAAGUCGAGACUGGUCAGUGAAGUAAGCUUCUGGGUUUAGGAAUUCCUCAGGACACCUUCCUGAUUCUGAAGGCUGGGAGUGACCUGUCCUGGGGAGCUCAGCUGUUGCAGCUUUUAUAGGUAGGCUUCCUUGAAACCACCACUGAGGUUUACAGAUCCAACUACAGCCCUGCUCCAGCCAGGGACCUUUAAAGAGACUGGGGACAUUUUAAACAUGUCUGGUUUUGCAUUGCAAAAAAGGAAGAGGACAGCCAAAUUCUCAACAUUAUCAGCAAUCACAGAGAUGAAUCUUCUUUUACAGGGUCAGCCACCCAUACAAAGGAACCCAGCUGAGUGCUCUACCCAUUAACUGUAAAGUUGUGGUGAAGGCUGUGAAAUAAAGAAUUCUAACACUGAAAAUU